CUUUUGCCGUUCACCUCACAUCGGGGGCAAGAAAUUCUGCACCACCACUGAUACGUUGACUCAGCGGGAACCUGAUUCAAUGCUAGCUGCUAUGUUCAGUGGUCGCCACACUCUUUUCCUAGAUUCUGAUAAGGGUCAAUUCCAGCCACGGCAUGAUGAUCGAUGACGACAUGGAGGCUGGUUCUUUGGGGCCUUACCACGACAGGCCAAGAACUUUUCGCAACAUGCGCACCAAACCUUACACCCCACUGAUAUUUCGUAUUCUCCUGGGAAUAAAUGUCUGUGUUCUAUUCAUUCUUUUGCUCCUCGGAUUUGGGGCUAUCUUUUACAUGGGAGCUAGUACAUCUCCCAUCAUUGUCUUUGUCAUCUCUAUUCGUAUUCUCAGCUUUCUUGUGUCUAUAUAUCUUACAAAGUGGGUGCUUGCAAAGGAUGAGGGCCCCCCUGAAAUGGUUCAGGGGAUGAUAGUGACAGAAAGAUGGCUCUCAAAUUCGAAAGAGUGAAGUGAGUAACUUUCUGUUAUACAAGUUCUCUAAUACAUCUACAUCAGUGUAGGUGAAAUUAGUUAUAAUUCAAGGGACAAUGUUAUUGUUAACAUAUCUUAAUUAUUCUGAAUUUAAUAUCUCCCUGUAGAAAAUGGGAGAAUGAAAUACCAAAACCAUAUCUGGAGUAGUUCUUAUCACAUCCUCCUGAAGAACUAAAUAUUAUAUUUUGCUUUCUUCUUUACUGAAAGUUUUCUGAA